UGAUGAAUAUCCUAGAUUGUAUCUAUGUUGGACAGUAUUGAUGAAUAUCCUAGAUUGUAUCUAUGUUGGACAGUAUUGAAUGCCUAUGGCCGGAGAAUGAGCGGGAAAUGAGAAGAAUAAACUCAGAGAUAGAAAAACAGUUGAAGAGGGAUAAAAGAGAAUCAAAGAAAACAUACAAAAUUCUUUUCCUUGGAACAGGAGAAUCCGGAAAGUCUACAUUUAUAAGACACAUGAAGAUUUUACAUGGGACUGGGUUUACACCUAGAGAACUUGAGGAAGCCAGAUCUAUUAUUUUACAAAAUUUAGUGGACUGUAUGCUAAGUGUACUAGAGCUGCUGAAGGAAAAUAUAGAACUAGAGAAGAAGGAUUUAAACCAAUUAAACAAAAUACAUAAACACAUUGGACUUAAAUCUUUAGAAAAAUCAGAUAUUAGGGAAACACAAUUGUUAAUUCUUCAAAUAGAAAAAAAAUUUAGAAAAAAACGUCCAAAACGAGAAGUUGAGAUUUUAAGCAAAAUAAUUGAUUUGAUUGAUUUUAUUUUUUCAGAAAUCUUAAUUAAGAGUUGCAAGGCCAUGAAAAAAUACAAAGGUUACAGUUGUAGUUUGACUAAAAUAGAGAUUUGUUGGAUGAUCCAAAGAUACAGGAUAUAUUUGAAGCUGAAGCCCUUUUCACUCUUCCUGAUUCUGCUACAUACUUUUUCAGGAAUGGAAGAAGAAUAAUUGAAGAUGAUUAUAUCCCAGAACAUGAGGAUGUUCUUAGAAUGAGAAAGGCGUCUACAGGAAUACUUGAAACAUGUUUAUCCUUUGGAGAUGUUAAAUUCAGACUGGUUGAUGUUGGGGGGCAAAGGUCUGAGCGAAGAAAAUGGAUUCAUUGCUUCCAAGAUGUUUCAUCAAUAAUAUUCCUGGUUAGUUUAGCAGAAUAUAAUCUAACUCUAGUGGAAGAUCCAACAAUGAAUAGACUGGAUGAGUCCUUGUACCUGUAUAUAACAAUUCUAUCCAACCCUUGGCUUCAGUCUGGAGCUAUGAUUCUCUUCUUGAACAAAAAGGAUAUUUUUCAAGAUAAAAUUAGACUUUUUCCACUCAAGAAAACGUUUCCUGAUUACAACGGACUUCCUGGGGAUCAUAUUGAAGCAAGAGAGUUUAUUGCAGACAAGUUUACUCAAGCAGGAAACAGGUUCAGGCCUGAGAUUUACAGUCAUAUAACCUGUGCUACUGAUGCUGAGAAUGUGAAGUUCGUAUUUGCUGCUGUUAAACAUAGAAUACUUAGUAAAAUUAUGGAAGAAAUGUUUAAUAAUAGUGUUAUUAUCGAUUAAACUAAAGAUUGAUAAGAAAGAUGAGAUUACGAUGAGAACCAGGAAACUCUGGAACUGGAAGACGACUUUUUAUGACUCUAAAUAGUAGUUUAAUUAACAUAAAAAAUUGUACAGACCCAUUUCACUUGAUAAGUGAUUUAGUAAGUUAUUAGUAAAACACUUUGCUUCAUAACAACAUCAAAUACACUUAAUCAUUGCUACAAUGUCGUCUUCCUCUUCUACAGUUUUCUGGUUCGUACUGUAGUUUUAGUUUCAGAACAGUUGAAAACAUUUAGGAAUCAUAAUUUAUACUCAUUACUCUUUAUAACAUCAAUCAGUUUGGUUUGGUUACUUACAAUAUGGCAUAUAUAAAGUACGUCGAUCAUAACUCAUAAACCCUUUUUACCGAUUUGCCUUAAAUUUUGAUUAGUAAACUUGGUCGAACCACGGAAAUGUUCUUUAUAGAGAAAUCUUAGUUUCCAAGCAAAGCUGGCUCUAAAUUUUCCAUAUAAAUCAAAUAUAUAUAAAAAAGUGAAUUGCUUGCAAGUUGAUAUUUUAUUUUUCCUACAGUUUUAGAAGUCAUUUGUUAUUUCACACUAGCAAGUGAAAUCAUUUCUUUCUCGAGUUUUACAUCAUAGUUAUUUGUGAAUUAAACAGUUUUAACUCAAAAACAAAAAACAUGGAGUCAUUUCAGAAAUUUUAUUCUCCAAUUUAAAGAUUUUACUCUCAAGCAUUAGUGUGUUUAAAGACCAAUGUUUCAAAAGUAAAAUUACUUUAAAAUUACGGCGUUGUUAGACUAACAAUCUUGAUUUAUUGAUGCAACCAGUGUUUGUUAAUAUUGCUUUUACAUUAAAAGAUAUUUGGUUUUCAAUGAGCUCUACAAAAAUCCAUCUAAUUUGGAAUUCGAAAAUUUAUGUUUGAUUGGUAAUUUAGAUAAA